GUGGCAUGGCCUGACCACGUUUCCUGCUGGAAUUUCGGACCACUUCGGCAAGGCGGUCACAAUGAACCUGUUGGGGCGUCCUGAAUAUUCAAUCCGCGCCAGCCCUGGUGAGGGGUCGUCCCAGUCCACGCCGGCUCGUUUGCGGACGGAUCGCAUGCGAGGGCCUUCAGCGAGUGCGGAACAGAAUCGGGGCGAUUUUUCGGCUGAGGUUACCCGCCGUGUCGCGGAGAACGUCGAGUCAGGUCGCCUACCGCCGUCUCCUUCGUGGUCGAUAGUUUCACGGACCUACCGGGAGGCGGGCGAGGCCGUGCUGGGACGUGAUGCCCGCACUUCUGGGGUUCCAGCCCUCGCUGCUCACCGUGAGACUCAGCGGACGGGGCGAAAGGAACUCAAGCAGAAGUGGGAGGAGAUUCGCUUGUGUGACGACCCCGCCAGAGAGACAACCCUUCGAACGGAACACAAGCAUAUGCGUGCUCGGGUGCAGCGUCAAGAGCGCCAAUGUAAGGCCGCCCUCAUCGAGUCUGUGUGCCAGGAGGUGGAGUAUGCCAUCGCGCAACAUGACACGGGCAAGAUGUAUCGUUCAUUACGUGAGCUCGGCGUCUGGUUGCAGGGCUUCUCUUUGAAGGAGCCAGACCCGUUUACCCCGGAGGAGGCCCGCGACCACUUCAUCAACAUCGGCGGGCAACCGAAUUCACUGCCCGACCUUCCUACUGUUGUGGACAGGUUACCCCGACGCCCUGUCGACGACGCCCUGGCUGUGCGCCCGGAGGCAGCGGAAAUCGACAACGCCAUCAGGACCAUGCGCGUGUCUGCGGGGGGAGCGGACGAGGUGACGAUUGACAUGAUCAGGCAUGGCGGGGAGCAGGCGCGGCAGUUAGUGAGAUUGCUCGUAUGGCGCAUGUGGGACCUUGAAGAUGACGUGUGGCAGGAGGAGGCGGUGUUGAAGGGUGUGAUCCAUCUCUUGUACAAGGGCAAGGGAUCGCGCAGUGAUCUCGAUAAGUACCGCGGUAUUUGUUUACUAUCUAUUGUUUCUCGAAUCCUUGCCCGUGUGCUGGCCCUUCGCUUGGCUGACUGGGCACAGCGCCGUGAUAUCUUGGUCAACGAACAGUUCGGCUUCCGCUCCUGGCGCUCUACCCGGGACGCCGCCAUGAUCACGCGGAUCGUCUUGGAGGAGUCGGCCCGACGGCUCGGCCCAGAGGUCGACGAUUACUUCGUCCUUCUCCUGGCGGACAUCAAGAAAGCGUACCCGAACACCAGCAGGCAACUAUGCUGGGCGGUUCUUGCUCGCGAGGGUAUGCCAGAGCACGUUAUCGAGCUGCUGCGCCGACUGCACUCCACGACGCUCUACACAGUUCGGACCAAGCAAGGCGACUCGUCCAACUUCAGCCUCCUCCGAGGCUUACGUGAGGGAUGCCCCACAUCGUGUGUAGUGUACAACGUGGUUCACAACGCUGCCCUCCGUGCUCUCCAGUCUCGAUUACCAGGGGUGCCCGUGCCUUACCGCAUCGAAGCCCCGCUCCCACGGCGUCCUCGCGCAGACGAUGAUGCCGUUCUGGAGUAUAUGCUUCGUAUUCUUGGCUUCGCUGACGACACGUCCGCGGGCACGUUGUUUAGCAGGGCUGCCGACGACGAAGCGCUUAUCACGGCCACUCUAGCAGAGUACGGCGAGACCACGCACCCAGACAAGUGGGAACGCCUGCGUGUGGGGCGCCACGGCGACGCAGUGCCUGACGGCUACGCCAGCUGGGCCAAGCUUCUCGGCGUGUGUUUCGACGUGGAUGGCGGCACGCGGAAGGCGCAGGUCCUGGGUUCAGCUUUCGUCACGCGUUGCAAUAAGACCUCUACCGCGGCGGCGGGACACAAUUUGAUCGACACGUACUGGUCCUGGAUCACGAAGGCGAUGGGGCACACCGACAUCCCGGAGGAGCAUUGGCCGACGGCCUGGAAGGGUGUCGCCGUUGCCCGGCCGACGAGGGGCGCCGAGUGGCGCCGCCUGAGCGAUGCCGUGUGCGCCGAGAUCGCUCGCGCUGCUGCUGGAGAUACCUGGGUGAAACGUCAUUCACAGGACAAUUCGGCGGAGGAGGUGACUGCCAUGCUGGAGAACGUGGUGCGCAAUCCCCAGAGUGGCCUGUUACGAUGUCCCAAGUGCUCGAACGAGUACCCCACCAGGAGCAUCUACGUCCACCUGCGGGGGUGCACCGGGCAGGCGGCCACCCAGCGGCAGCCGGUGCAGUGCGACCGGCGCGGCCGAUUCUUCCGCAACAUGGUGCAUCACCAGAAGGUCUGUAAGGAGCCCCGCCGUCGACUUCGAGGGAAAGGUCCCCGCGUGCGGGUUCCUACCGACCGCGUGCGCCUGCCCGGGGAGUUCAUCUCGCAGCGCCGGACCAAACAUGCCAAAAGGACGGGUCCGACAGCCGCCAAGGUGAAGCCUGCACGUCCCACGAUUGCCAAACGUCCAGCCUCGGCAGCGUCUGUGCGACGUCGCGAGCAGGGGUUCAGGUGCCCGUACUGUGAGACCAAGCAGAAGAGCCCGACGCACAGGUACGUGUGCAAGUUGGCGCCGUACGAGGUGUGGCAGGCUCAUGUCAAGACUAAGCAG